AUGCUUAAUAGAACAUUUGCUCUAACAAGAAUUUCUAAAUGUACAGAUAUUCAUCAUUUUAUUCUCUAUGCGGGAUACAAGUUUGAUAAUUCUAUUUGGAGUAAUGGCACUUUGGAGACGAAGACAUUUACCAUAGAUAUAUAUUGUUCAACUCACAUCCAAACCGUCGGGAAUUACAGGGUUUACUAUUUUUCAUCAAAUAAUGCAAAUAAUGGUAGAGAAGCUGAUGAAAUGGAAGCCUAUUAUGUAUUACGUCUCCCACCUGGAACUCAAAUUAUGAUCGGUGCAAUGAUACUUUAUAACUGCCAUCAUGAUAAUGAUCUUGGAUGUAACUUUUGUCCAUGGCGUUUAUUUACGAAUAGCCAUGAGGAUUAUUUUCGUUGUAGAAAAGGAUAA